AUGAUCAGUUUUCAGGAACUAAAAUACGUCUCGGAAGACAACAAGGCAGGUCUAGGUGUGUUCGGAGUUGUCGUUAUUUUGGGGUUGAUGGUAAACGCAUUUAUUGUCGCCGUGAAUCUCCUUGACUGGAUCAAACAGAAGCAAGUUAAGCCUUCCGAAAAAACGAUGGUCAUGAUCGCGACCUCAAGGCUGUGCUUUCAUUGUGUCUCCGCGCUGGACAUCUACCACACCAUACACAUCGAGCAAAGUCCGAUCAUGGAUGCCGGUGACUACAUAGACUUUUCUAUGUUAUUCUUCAAUUACUCCAGUCUUUGGUACGUCAGUUUGUUGGCUGCUGUCUUCUGUUUAAAGAUCGCCAACUACAGUAAUGCCCUGUUUGUGGGGGUGAAAACCAUCAUUUUGCGAAGGUUUUCACUCUUUAUCGUUGCCGCCGCGGUGAUAUCUUUUUUAAGCGUGGCUUUGUUCAUGUGGGCUGACGAUCUCCAUGUGGUUUCCAAAAAUCACCCGUAUGCCCACCAGUUAAACGGAACGCGUAACUGGGGUGAGGCGUAUACCCUGGCGGGGAUUUUUAUCCUGGGGUAUUUGGGACCGUUCUCGAUAUACAGUUUUUCGUUUUAUCUGUUCGUCACGUCUCUGUGUCUCCACAUGAAUCAGAUGAGGAGUAACAGCAAUGGUUUUUCAACGCGUCGCCAGGACGGUUACUACGCCGCCAUCAAAGCGGUAACCGUGUGUUUCGCCAUUUAUUGCUUAAGCAUCGGAAGCAAUAUUUUUCAUUUUUUUUACUACUCCAGAAUUGACAUUUUAAAGGUGAAUACUUGGAUAAAUACUUGGCCGAUCCUUCAUUCAAUUUACCUGAUCUACAGAGAUAAUAAGCUAAGGCAGAGAUUACAGGCAAUGCUUCGGUGCCUAAUACCUAGAAGAGGGAUUCGACCUUUGGGUAGCGAGCUGGACACCAUAGCCUGA